UUCUCCCCAUCACUCUCGACGGCGCAGGAUAUUCACCUCUUUGCGACCCUUUUCACCAAAGUCCAAUCCAUCCCCCUCACAGUCACAAUGGCUCCCGCUGCUACCCGUGGUCGCAAGGCCCAGAAGGUCACCCACAAGUUCAUCAUCAACGCUUCCCAGCCCGCUAGCGACAAGAUCUUCGAUGUCUCCGCUUUCGAGAAGUUCCUUCACGACCGCAUCAAGGUCGAGGGCCGUGUCGGUAACCUCGGUGACCAGGUUGUCAUCUCCCAGGCUGGCGAUGGCAAGGUUGAGGUUGUUGCCCACAUCCCCUUCUCCGGCCGCUACCUGAAGUACCUCACCAAGAAGUACCUCAAGAAGCAGCAGCUCCGUGACUGGCUCCGCGUCGUCUCCACCUCCAAGGGUGUUUACGAGCUCCGCUUCUACAACGUCGUCAACGACGAGGCUGAGGAGGAUGAGGAGUAAAUUCGCUCCAUGGGCUUUGGA